AUGGAUAUCAAAAGCUCUACUUCCAUGGAAGCUGCUAGCAGCUUGAACAUGGAGAAAUCUAUGUUCAGUUUUUUUGAGGUUAAAGAAGCAGCAAAGAUGAAGAACAACAUUCAUCUUCAUGGUGAUCAAACCCUAGUAUCAAAAGCCUCCUCCCAGGCAGUGAACGAUGGGGAUCCUUCUUUGUCUAAUGAAGAAGAUGAUCCAGCUGAAGAUUACAAGCAGGAUGGUUUGAUUUCAUCAGCUAAAGCUGAUAUGGGUCAAGUUAGACAGGAGAACCAGAAGUUGAAACAUACAUUAACUAGGGUUUUGAAGGAUUACAAGUUGUCGCAAAUGCACUUUAAUGACUUUUUCCAACAAGAAGUUCCUAAAAGUUCCGAAUGUCUGGCUCCUGAUCAUCAGGAAGGUGAUGGAACUGAACUCAUUUCUCUAAGCCUUGGAACACUUUCUAGUCAUAAACCUAAGAGGGAUGGUCCAAAGAAAGUGAAUUGCUUCAGCAAAAGCAAAGAAGACAGUGAUGAUGAUCAAGAACUCAAAUUAGGGUUGGGCUGCGAAUUCGACCUAACUCCAACUAGAGUUGUCAUCAAUGACUUGAAGAAAGAUGAAACAACACAGAUCAUGGAGCCACCAGUUAAUAGUUUAAAGACCCAGAGAAUCGAGGAUAAUGAUCUCUUAGAUCAGAUCCCUUUGAAGAAAGCUAGGGUUUCUGUAAAAGUUAUAUGUGACACGCAAACGAUGAAUGAUGGAUGUCAAUGGAGGAAAUAUGGACAAAAAAUUGCGAAAGGAAAUCCAUGCCCUCGAGCAUAUUACCGAUGCACAAUGUCACCAUCUUGCCCAGUCAGAAAACAUGUGCAAAGAUGUGCCGAGGACAGGUCUGUGCUGAUAACCACCUAUGAAGGAACUCACAACCACCCACUUUCAGUAUCAGCAACAGCAAUGGCUUCUACCACUUCAGCAGCAGCCUCGAUGUUAAAAUCCACCUCUUCAACCUCACAACCAGGCCUCACCACCACUGCCGCAUCCUCCACAGCCACCACCUUCUCAAGCCCUCAUGGCAUGACUUACAAUUCAAGGGCACCUCAAUACCCAUUUUAUCUACCCAACACCACAAUAUCCACCUAUCAGUCACACCCAACUAUCACUCUUGAUCUCACAUCAAGUCCCCAUUUCAAUAGAUCAACUUCGUCAAACUUCGGAAUGGGUGCACCAAGAUUUUCUUCUUCCACAUGCCUUAACUUCUCUUCCCCAUCCUCGUCAACCUCUUCCUCCAUUGAGUCCAACUACAAGAAUCCUAUUGCAUUUUCAUAUCUUGGGAGGCAGACACUUAAUGAGGCGGUGAAUCCAACAUCACUAAAUGAUAGUUACAAGAAUAAUUCUAGUUCUGCUUUACAACAGCAUUCAGCAGAGACAAUUGCAGCUGCAACCAAAGCUUUAACCUCAAACCCAUCUUUCCGAUCAGCAUUGGCAGCGUCAAUUACAUCCCUUGUCCGAAAUGCCGGUGGUGGGGCCAGAAUAUGA